AUGGAUGAAUCAGGACAUAAGCGUGAAUUCAUGUGGGGGAUUGAAAAUGACUAUGACACUGAGGAUGAUGAUUAUUGUCAUUAUGACAGUGAUGACGAUGAUGAUGAUGAUGAUGAUGAUACAGUUCUAGCAGAGAAACUGGCAAAGUAUUUGGAAACCCGUUAUUCAAAGGUCAACCAACUCAGCUCCAGUGAGAGAAAAUCCACAAAUCUUAAAGAAACUGAUGUGAAUGAAAUGGUUCAUAACUGUGAAGUCAAGCAGAGCAUUGCAAAUGAUAUUGGUGGUGCUGGCGUUAGUAAUACUGUGGUAGCAGAGAAACAAAUAGAAGAGGACGCAUCACAUUGUUCAAAGGACAACAGUUCAAGCUCCAAAGAGAGAAAAUUAACAGAUCUUCAGGAAACAGAUGUGGACGAUGUGGCUCAUAACAGUGAAAUUAGGCAAAGUAUUGCUAAUGAUGAAGAUGGUGGUGACAGUGUUAAUGAUGCUAUGUUAGAAGAGAAACAAAUAGAGGAAGACCAAUCGCACUACUCAGAGGGCAAGUCAGAUUCUGAUAAGAGUGAAUUUACAUAUCUUCAGAAAACAGAUAUGGAUGAAGUGGUGGAGAAAGUCAGGCAAAGGAUUGCAAAUGAAGGUGAUUAUGACAUAAAUAACGCUGUGCUAGCAGAGAUACAGUUAGAGGAAGAUCCAUCACAUUACUCAGUGGAUAACAAAUCAUGCUCGAAAGAGAGCAAAUUUACAAAUCUUCAGGAAACAGACGUGGUUCAAAACUGUGGAAUUAGGCAAAGUAUUGCUAAUGAUGAUGGUGAUGACACUGUUAAUAAUGCCGUGUUAGAAGAGAAUCAAAUAGAGGAAGACCAAUCACAUUAUUCAGAGGACAAUAAGUCAGAUUCUGAAAAGAGUGAAUUUACAUGUCUUCAGAAAACAGAUAUGGAUGAAGUGGUGGAGAAACUCAGGCAAAGGAUUGCAAAUGAAGAUGAUUAUUACAUAAAUAACGCUGUGCUAUCAGAGAUACAGCUAGAGGAAGAUCCAUCACUUUGCUCAGAGGAUAACGAGUCAUGCUCCAAAGAGAGCAAAUUUACAAAUCUUCAGGAAACAGAUGUGAAUGGAAUGGUUUAUAACUGUGAAGUCAAGCAGAGCAUUGCAAAUGACAUUAGUAAUACUGUGGUAGCAGAGAAACAAAUAGAAAAGGACUCAUCACAUUAUUCAAAGGACAACAGUUCAAGCUCCAAAGAGAGAAAAUUAACAGAUCUUCAGGAAACAGACAUGGUUCAAAACUGUGAAAUUAGGCAAAGUAUUGCUAAUGAUGAUGGCGGUGACAGUGUUAAUAGUGCUGUGUUAGAAGAGAAACAAAUAGAGGAAGACCAAUCACAUUAUUCAGAGGACAAGAAGUCAGAUUGUGAAACGAGUGAAUUUACAUAUCUUCAGAAAACCGAUGUGGAUGAAGUGGUGCAGCAACUCAGGCAUAGAACUGCAAAUGAUGGAGAUGAUGAUGACAUAAAUAAUGCUGAGCCAGCAGAGAAACAGUUAGAGGAAAACCCAUCACAUUACUCAGAAGAUAACAAGUCAUGUUCCAGAGAGAGCAAAUUUACAAAUCUCCAGGAAACAGAUGCAGAAAGUAGAAACAACUGCUCUUAUAAUGUUUUGGGGAAUAGUGAAGUAUCAGCCGAACAUGAUGCUCAUGUUGAAGAUGAGACUGCAGUAAGGAACUUUAAAAGUCUCAGAGAUAUGGAUAUGGAUAAUGGACUUAAUGUUGAAAACAUUUUGUCUUGUCUGAAAAGUUUACAGUGUCCUUUUGUUUGGAAGCCUGAUAAAGAAGUAGAGAUGCAUCCAAGAGGCGAAAUUCCAAUUAAUUUAGCUCAACAUUUAACAGUGGCAAAGAGCAAAUAA